AGUGCCAGAAGUUCGAUAACGUGGCGCGCCACUUCCUCCGUUUCCAGAUCGAGAGCAAGGCAAACCCAGCCGAAAUCGAAUCACGAGCGCGGUGAUAGUCAGCUGAUAAGACGCGCCCUAUAAGAGAUGGCUCCGGCGACGGCCCAAUGCUAUUCCACAACGAGAGCAACCAUGUCCGCAGCACCUUCGAUGUCCCCAACUUUCUUGUGGGCUUUUGUGGCCUCUCUGCUGGCGGCGUUGGUGGCCGGCAACGGGUUCAGCACCCAGUAUCGUGGUCACACGCAGCACCCAACCCUGGCGGAGCACUGCCUCUACGAGGAGCUGGACCUGGCCGUUCCACUCCAUGGCUUCGUUCUGCCCACCGGACAGCAGGGCUACUGCAUUCGCCUGGAGUGCACCGACGACUACCUGCUGCUGAUACGCCACUGCGACAAACAGCCCUGGCCGCGACCUGGCUGCCAUCUCUCCCCCAACGACUAUGACUUCAAGUACCCUGAGUGCUGCCCCCAACUCGAGUGCUCCGACGACUACUAGAUGUAGGUCAAACACAGCGAUCUGCUUUAAAAUACCAUCUCGUUUUAGCCUGGUUACUAGCUAAGUCCAUUGAUCUUGUGGCAAUGUCUGCCAAAGUACUUUUCUUUAGUAGUAAGCAUAUGAUCUUCAUUUAAAUAAACUAGCAUUUGGAAACUAA